GACUUCAGUGUAACAAGAGCCGUUUGAUUCAAAUAGAUUGAAAAGAUGUCGAAAACCCUCGAGGAAUCUCCCAAUGCCCACAUCAACAAGACCCUGCUGGACAAGUACAUGAGCCUGCCGAUGCCGGAGGGCAAGAUCCAGGCCACGUACAUCUGGAUCGACGGCACUGGCGAAAAUCUCCGCUGCAAGGACCGAACGCUCGAAUUCAUUCCCGAAAAACCCAGCGACCUUCCCAUCUGGAACUACGAUGGAAGCUCGUGCUACCAGGCCGAGGGACACAACUCGGAUGUCUACCUGCAUCCGGUAGCGAUCUUCAAGGACCCAUUCCGACGAGAUAACAACAUCUUGGUCAUGUGCGAAACCUACCGGUUCGAUGGGACGCUAACCGAGUCGAACAAACGCCGUACGUGUCGUGAAGUCUGCGACCAAGUGACCGACGAAAAACCCUGGUUCGGAAUCGAACAGGAGUACACACUGCUGGACAUCGACGGGCGGCCCCUGGGAUGGCCGAAGAAUGGCUUCCCGGGACCACAAGGACCGUACUACUGUGGAGUAGGCGCAAACAAGGUGUACGCUCGGGACAUCGUCGAUGCCCACUACCGGGCGUGUCUGUAUGCCGGUAUCAAGAUUUGCGGUACCAACGCCGAGGUCAUGCCGGCCCAAUGGGAAUAUCAAGUGGGACCAUGCGAGGGCAUCUCGAUUGGUGAUGAACUGUGGGUGUCACGCUUCCUGCUGCACCGGAUCGCCGAGGAGUUUGGCAUUGUCGCCACUCUGGAUCCGAAACCGAUGGAAGGUGAUUGGAACGGUGCCGGUGCGCAUACCAACGUGUCAACCAAGGCCAUGCGUGAGGAAGGUGGAAUAGUCGAAAUCGAAAGCGCCAUUGCUAAGCUGUCCAAAUGCCACGAGCGCCAUAUCCGGGCUUACGACCCACGCGAGGGCAAAGAUAACGAACGUCGCCUGACAGGCAGGCACGAAACCAGCUCGAUCCACGACUUCAAAGCCGGAGUGGCUAACCGUGGAGCUUCGAUUCGUAUCCCGCGUGGGGUCGCCGACGAAGGCAAGGGCUAUUUCGAAGACCGACGGCCAAGCUCCAACUGUGAUCCGUACAGCGUUGUGGAAGCCAUUCUCAGAACAAUUUGCCUGGACGAAUAAUGGAAUUGUUUCAUCGUUAAAGUUCAUAUUUAUUCAUAAAUCUAACACACAAAGAGCAACAAACACAAGAAGAAAAAAAGAUAAAACGGUGCAUUCAAUUGUAACUAACUUCAAAGUUUAUUUUUCUGUUUUAACAUAUGAUUUUUGUUCUUUUACAUUAUGAGAAUAGAUGAAGAGAUAUAUUAUAUUAAUAUUCCACAUCAUAGACACACAUCAAUCGAUAUUAGCCGGGCAAAAGAGCCUUCUGUGCAACGUAGAAUCUAUCGUCUACUGCUACAGUGUUGUACUGUUUUACUGUUGUAAUAAACGUAUGAAAAA